CUAAACACACCAAUUAGAUACAGUAAAUCUAGAUGCCCAGAAUCUGAGCAUCUUCACCUCUAUAAAUCAGUCUUUCUCUGUAGUUCAUCUUGCAUAACAGAGUUCAAACCAGAACAACAAACUCAAACCCUCCGAAAUGUCGGAAAUAGCCCCCAUUUUCCUUUUAAUUCACUUCCUCACCCUCUUCUUUUUCCUUCAUGCACACUCCCAAUUUCAUGAUCAAGCCGUUCUACUAAGACUGAAACACCACUGGCAAAAUCCGUUGUCUCUUGAGCAAUGGACCCCAUCAAACUCCUCUCAUUGCAAUUGGCCUGGAGUAGUCUGCAACGAUAACUACGUCACUCAACUCAUCCUUGAUAACAAGAACAUCUCUGGAACUAUCCCACCCCUUCUUUCAGACCUUAAGAACCUCACAUUUCUCAACUUGUCUAAUAACAAUAUUAUUGGAAAGUUCCCUGUGGCUGUACAUAACCUGUCCAAGUUGGAGAUCUUAGACCUCUCUCAGAACUAUAUUGUUGGCACAAUUCCUGAUGAUAUUGACAGCUUGGCUCGCCUCUCAUACCUUAACCUAUAUGCAAAUAACUUCUCUGGUAAUAUUCCAGCAGCCAUCGGAAGGUUACCAGAGCAAAGAACUCUCCGUCUAUAUGAAAAUCAGUUUAACGGCACUUUCCCUCCAGAAAUAGGCAACUUGUCUAAGCUUGAGGAGUUAUCUAUGGCUCACAAUGGCUUUUCUCCAUCAAGGUUGCAUUCCAGUUUCACUCAGCUGAAGAAAUUGAAGACGUUGUGGAUUUCCGGAGCGAAUUUGAUUGGCGAGAUUCCACAAAUGAUUGGAGAAAUGGUGUCAUUGGAGCACUUGGAUUUAUCCUCUAAUAAACUAACUGGGAAUAUUCCUGGCAGUUUGUUCAUGUUGAUGAAUUUGAGAGUGCUACGGCUUUACAAGAACAAAUUAUCUGGGGAAAUUCCUCGGGUUGUUGAAGCUUUGAAUUUGACUUCUGUCGAUCUUUCGGAUAACAAUUUGACUGGUACAAUACCUGUUGAUUUUGGGAAGCUUGACAAAUUAUCAGGUUUGAGAUUGUUCUUCAAUCAGUUAUCUGGUCAGAUCCCAGAAAGCAUUGGUCGUCUUCCCGCAUUGAAAUAUUUUCGGUUCUUUAGCAACAAUUUAUCUGGUUCAAUCCCUCCAGAUCUUGGGCGAUACUCAGCCCCUGAAGACUUCCAGGUUGCUUCCAAUAGGCUUACAGGGAACCUGCCUGAAUAUUUAUGCCAUGGAGGUAGCUUAAAAGGCGUGGUAGCUUUUGAUAAUAAGCUCGGUGGAGAGUUGCCAAAAUCACUUGAGAAUUGCAGUACUUUGCUAAUAGUAAGUAUUUCAAAUAACGCCUUUUUUGGCAAUAUUCCUGUUGGUUUAUGGACAGCUUUAAAUUUGCAACUACUGAUGAUAAGUGAUAAUUUGUUCACUGGAGAGCUUCCUCUUGAAAUUUCAACUAGUCUUUCACGGCUCGAGAUAAGUAACAACAAGUUCUCUGGGAGUAUUUCCAUUGAAGGGAAUUCUUGGAGGAAUCUGGAGGUCUUCAAUGCGAGCAAUAACCAAUUUACUGGCACUAUCCCUCUUGAAUUAACAGCUCUUCCUAAUCUGACGGUUCUUUUACUUGAUAAGAACCAGCUUACCGGAGCACUUCCAUCUGACAUCAUCUCAUGGAAAUCUUUAACUACUCUAAACCUCAGUCAAAAUCAACUUUCGGGACAGAUUCCGGAGGAGAUUGCUAUCCUACCUCACCUGCUCGAACUGGACUUGUCAGAUAAUCAAUUUUCUGGCGACAUUCCAACUCAAUUCGGUUUGCUGAGACUUACAUAUCUCAAUCUCUCUUCAAAUCAUCUCGUGGGAAAAAUCCCAGCUGAGUAUGAAAAUGCAGCAUAUUCCAGUAGCUUCUUGAACAAUCCUGGUAUUUGUGCAAGUAGGCCAUCGCUAUACCUUAAGGUUUGCAUUUCCAGACCCCAAAAAUCAAGCAAAACUUCAACCCAACUCCCAGCCUUGAUAUUAAGUGCUUCGAUUACAGCUUUUCUGUUAGCAUUGUUAUUUGCAUUCAUCAUUUUCAGAGUUCACUGGAAGAGAAACCGUAGAUCGGAUUCAGAAUGGAAGUUCAUAAGCUUCCAUAGGUUGAAUUUUACUGAAUCAAACAUAUUGUCAGGAUUGACAGAAAGCAACCUGAUAGGAAGCGGUGGAUCAGGAAAA